CCAGCCUUUAAAUGGAAGAUGCUCAGCCAGUUCAACACCCAUAGUUGCCCAAGUUAGAAGGGACUCUAGGGUUGCCUAGUUCAGUCUCCUUAGGACAUAGUCAUUCGUCAACAGAUGAUGCCUGCUGUGUGCCAAGCACUGUUCUAGUUGUUGGAGAUACCAUGGUGAAACAGCCAUAGGGUUAACCUCCAUUUCAGCUAAUCAUGGGAGAGAUUAAAGUCUCUCCUGAUUAUAACUGGUUUAGAAGUACAGUUCCCCUUAAAAAGAUUAUCGUGGAUGAUGAUGACAGUAAGAUAUGGUCGCUCUAUGAUGCCGGUCCCAGAAAUAUUAGGUGUCCUCUCAUAUUUCUCCCCCCAGUCAGCGGAACUGCAGAUGUAUUUUUCCAGCAGAUUUUGGCUCUGAGUGGAUGGGGUUACCGGGUGAUAGCUGUUCAUCUUUUUGGGGCUUCCUUGGGAGGCUUUUUGGCCCAGAAAUUUGCUGAAUACACUCACAAAUCCCCCAGAGUCCAUUCCCUCAUCCUCUGCAAUUCCUUCAGUGACACCUCUAUCUUUAAUCAAACUUGGUCUGCAAACAGCUUUUGGCUGAUGCCAUCAUUUAUGCUCAAGAAAAUAGUUCUUGGAAACUUUUCAUCUGGCCCAGUGGACCCUGUGAUGGUUGAUGCCAUUGAUUUCAUGGUGGACAGGCUGGAAAGUUUGGGUCAGAGUGAACUGGCUUCGAGACUUACCCUGAAUUGUCAAAAUUCUUAUGUGGAACCUCAUAAGAUUCGGGACAUCCCUGUAACCAUCAUGGAUGUAUUUGACCAGAGUGCACUUUCAACUGAAGCUAAAGAAGAAAUGUACAAACUGUAUCCUAAUGCCCGGAGGGCUCACCUUAAAACGGGAGGCAACUUCCCGUACCUGUGCAGGAGCGCAGAGGUGAAUCUCUAUGUACAGAUACAUUUGCUGCAAUUCCAUGGAACCAAAUAUGCGGCCAUCGACCCAUCGAUGGUCAGUGCUGAGGAGCUCGAGGUGCAAAAAGGCAACCUCGGCCUCAGUCAGGAGGAGCAGUAGCUGGUGCUUUGGCUGGUGAUGACGAGUGACCCAGCACGUUCCUGUACAAUCAGUGACAUCAGUGCCCGCCAGUCAGCCUCUGUUCAGUUCGUCAGGCUCGCCGGUUAUCACUGUUCGGAAGUAGGACUGAUGGUCCCCUUUGUGACAGGCGGCAGCUCUUCUGAGCCAGCUUAACUGUUCCCUCUUUGGUUUUUUAGCUUUUGAAUUUGAAGAAGUACUUUUGAAGACUCCCAUUUUAAGAAUUGUGAAAAUUUUGCUACCAAAAGUCUUCACCAUCGUGUACUUAUGUGAAUGUUACUUUCUGAGGUUUGGGAUUUUGUGGGGGUUUUUCCUUGUCUUUUUUUUUUCUUUCCUUUCUUCCUUUUUAUAUCAUUUGCUAUAAAUACUGCACAUCCAGAUCGUGUAUAAGAAGGACAUUGGUUGUUUCUGUGCUUUCUUGUUAUAACUGUUACCAAAGUGCCAAGGUUGUCACCACACCAAUUACUCUCCUGCAGAUCAACUACUUCCAAUUCCAGUUAUGCAAGUGGUUUUGAGUUUUAGCUGUUGUCUUUCUAGCCAUUACAGUCAUUUGGAAUAAAAAUUCAAUUUCA